AUGCUGUCCCAAACUCUGACCACAAAAUCCGUCCAUCCGGCAACUAUCACGAUCUCAGAUUUCCCAAGUUACGAUACUGUUUCGAAACACAAUGACGCCUCCGUUGUGCAACCAGAAGGAAGCUUUGAUUACAGGAUCCGGGAGACAUUGAUGGGUACAAAGCGAAAGCUGAAAGUGAUAUUCAUGGGAGCUGGAUGCAGUGGGAUAAACUUCGCCUCUCAGCUGCAGAAGCGAAUGGAAAAUAUCGAUCUCACCAUCUACGAGAAGAAUCAUGACUUUGGUGGAACUUGGUUGGAGAACAAGUAUCCAGGCUGUGCCUGCGAUAUUCCAAGUGUUUCAUACCAAUAUACUUGGGCUCGCAAGCCGGACUGGUCGCAGUAUUAUUCUGGAGCUGCGGAAAUCGAUCAAUAUUUCAAGACAGUUGCUCUAGAGAACAGCGUCCAGAAGUUUGUGAAGUUAAAUCAUAAGAUAGUCAAAGCAGAGUGGCUUGAUGAUGAGGGUAAAUGGAAAGUGACAAUCAUGAAGGAUGGAGAUCCCUCUAGCACCUUCGUCGAUUAUGCCGACUUCUUCAUAAACGGAGGUGGAUUCCUUAACUCGUGGAAAUGGCCUGAAGUUCAAAACCUGCGCACAUUCAAGGGGCCGUUGCUUCACACGGCCAACUGGGAUGAAACAGUGGACUUGAAGGAUAAAAAAGUCCUUGUCCUCGGCAUUGGCAGCUCGGGUGUUCAGGUGGUUCCCGCUAUCAUCGAUACAAUCUCCCAGCUAUUUGUCGUCGCUCGUUCUGCUACCUGGAUCACAGCUGGGUUUGCACCCAAGUAUGCAGGUGAGAAUGGCAAGAACUUCUCAUACUCGGAAGAGACAAAGGAGCGCUUCAGGAACGAUCCGGACUUCUAUCUUUCCUACUGUAAGGGAGUGGAGUCGGAACUGAAUCAAAGGUUUCGUAUCGUCAUUAAUGAGUCUGAAGAAGCUACAAACGCUCGAGAGUACUCCACCAAGGAGAUGAGCCGCAAACUUGCUGGGCGAGAAGAUCUUAUCGAUCACCUCAUGCCAAAGAACUUUGGCAUUGGUUGCCGGCGCCCAACUCCAGGAAACGGAUUCUUAGAAUCACUUGUCAAUCCUAAGACGACAACCUUCAAAGAAGAACUUGCUGAGAUCACUCCGACUGGCUUCAUUGCAGCCAACGGCUCUCAUCACGAGUGUGAUACCAUAAUCUGCGCUACUGGAUUUGAUACUUCGUUCCGUCCUCAAUUCCCAAUUCUUUGCAACGGUCGCAAUGUGCAGGAUGACUUCCUCGAUCCCAACAAUCCCGGAUAUUUAGGAGUCAAUACCCCAGAAGUACCGAACUAUUUCGUGUUUUGUGGUCGGUAUGGUCCCCUUGGCCAUGGCUCUGUCUGUCCGAUGGUCGAAGCCUACACCAAUUAUGCGAUUCAAGUGCUCGAGAAAGCGCAGAUUGAAGACAUUAAAAAGAUUCAAGUGAAGCGAUCAGCUGCUGAGCAAUUUUCAAAGCAUGCGGAUGAGUAUACCAAGCGGACGGCUUUCAGUGGGCCAUGCUCCUCUUGGUUCAAGGCGGGUGACAAGAAUAGAAAACCUGCUAUCUGGCCAGGCUCACGGAUUCAGUAUCUCACCAUGCUACAAAAUGUGAGAUUCGAAGAUUAUGAGAUUGAAUAUCUGAGUGGGAAUGCAUUCAACUUCUUAGGCAACGGGUUUCACGUACGGGAAUAUGAUGGGAGCGAUCUAACUUGGUAUUAUGGAUUGAUGGAUGGGAAGAAUAGACAACCGAGCGACCUUCCAGAUGCUGUAUUCUAG